AUUUGCAGGGGUGGAGUGGAUCUUCAGAGUGACUGGCUUCAUUUGCAGCCUAUUAUCUUUGGGGUUUGGAAUAAUUCUUGCAAACAGCAAAUACUGGCGACUCUGGGAAUUUGACAAUAAUGUUGUCCAGCUUGUUUACAUCGGACUUUGGGAAGCUUACUACCAUUGGGAAUUUAACUUCUCUGGUACUGAGACUAUAAUUCUGGUACACAGCCCUGUCAACUCAACCUGGACAAUUUCACCUGAAUUUCAAUAUGCACGGAACCUGAUAUUACUGGCAAUGCUGAUAAAACCUGUUGUUGUGAUUUUUUGCUCAGCAGCCCUUAGGGUCAGCAUAAUCAAAACCUCAGUCCCUGAGAUUCAGAUAGUGUGCUACAAGUGCUCUGUCUUAAUUUUGAUCCUCAGCAGCCUUUGUACUAUUAUUUCUGUGACCUGGAACCAUGUAGUAGAUCUCUAUGGCAACACCACCCUUGACUUUCCACCAACCUUUCCAGUUAAGAAAGAAGCCCUAAUUAAAAAACACAACACUCAUGUGUUUCCAAUGGGGCUUGUGACAAGCACUCUGUCACUCUUGGGUGUGAUUAUGUUCCUCUAUGAGAUAAGGUCACUGAAAUUUCAGAAGAAGCUGAAUGCCCAGCAUGCUUCCAAACAUGGUGAUGACAGGUCCAUAAAUGAGUGUGCUUGUGUUUGCCAAAUGUGCCAGGAGACUCCCUGACAAAGUUUCCUACACCACACAGUACUCCUGUAAUUAUUUUCUCAGAGAAAAUAAAAUAUCACAAUAAUUAUCAGUGUA